AAUAUUUUGAAUUUUGAAAUUUGAAUUUUGAAUACAUACUUAAUACUUAUUAAAAAGACUAUCUAUUUGCUAAUUAUAAUGAAGUCGUCGUAAACUAUUAUAAUUCUGCAUUAGUUAUUCUUAUAUUCCACGAGAUAUUAAAAUAUUAACUAUGGAAGAGCAAAAUAUAGUAAACAUAAGAACUAAUAAUCGUAACAUGCUUCAAUUAAAUCGUCAAAUACACAGGGACGAAAUAAAUGAUGUUCGAAGAUCGGUUAUUAGUCGGUAUACAACCGAGGAUGUUUUAGAUAUUAUUAAAAAGCUAAAAACUAAGACAUCUAUAACAUCAAAGGAAUUAAAUCAGCUUAAAAACGCUCUUAUGAAUGAACCACAUAAUAUUGAAUUAGUGCUUGGUCUACAUGGGGCAAUAAGAGGCAUUGUAGGAGAGUUAACAGGAACUGAUAUAAAAAAGCAAUGUGCUGCAGCGGGAUGCCUAUGUAACUUAUCAAUGGGGGACAGCAAGGCUUGUUUUACCAUCUGUCGAGCUACUGGCACAUAUUUAGUGGCAGCUGUUGAUAAUAUGGCUACAGAACUAGCAGUGACCUGUGUAUGGACUUUGGGAAAUUUGGCUGCAUCAAGUAUGAAAACAUGCGACAUGUUAAUCUCACAAGGAGCUUUAUCAAAAGUAAUAGACAUUCAUCCAAAUAACGAGUUACAAGAUGCUUGCUUAUAUGCCCUCAAACAUUUUGUUUAUCAGCUGGGAGAUAAGCUAAAGUUGGUCGAUAGCGAGGCGUUAGACCAAACAUGGAAAGUGAACCGACGUGAGCGCCUGAAGCAGCAGGAACAAAAGAUUUGGGAGGAGUUUGUGCAGGAGCAGGAUGUCGUAACUAACAUUUGCAAGGAUGAUCCAUAUCAAUUUAUUGAACAACUGUCCGAAGAGAAAAUAAAAGAACUUCUAGACAUUGAAUUGGAAAAGAUGAAGAAGGAAAGGUUGGAGGAAGAAAUACAGGCGAGAGAGGUAUCGCCAAAGAAAGAUGAACAAGGCGCUCCGCAACAGAAUGAUAACCAUCAUGUGGUAUUUAUUAAUGAGUCAGAUAGAGAAAACGAAUCGUUUCACAUAUUUGAUGAUGAGAAAGAUGUGUCAGGUGUAUCAGGUCCGGAGGACGAACUGCUAAACGACUCAAUGAGUCCACCAUGUACUGUGCGGGAACGUCUCUCCCCUAGCCCGGGCUCCCGAUAUCCCAGCCCUGAUAAAGACUCCAGCACGAAGUCAUCAGAAAACGUGACUAGUAUGAUCGAGAGCAGCAUCUACUGCGCAAAAGUCAAGGAGCUGCGCACAAAACUGGCUGCCCAAUUGGACGAGAUGACUAUAGUCCUCGAGAGACAGAACAUAUUGAACAUUGACCCGGCGGAUUUACCGAAAAUGAUGAGACGCUCCGUUGAAUUCACGUCGCGGUUUAACAGAAUUAACAUAUACCAGCUACAGAGACAGUUGCAAGAUAUAAAAAGGAACGAUUCACAAGCGAUGCCGUUCGCAAAGCACACGCAAUUUCAAACUCAGCUGGUGAGAAUUGUGUCGCUACAUCAGAACGCACUUCAUUCACUUCAGGUGUUCAUGAAGUCUUUUCCGCAAACGCUUUGUAUCCGCGAGAGCGGUGUGGCGCUAAGGUCCCUAGCGUGUAUGAUGCAUGAAGUCACGAACGUGUGUUCUGCCCUCACUGCCCCGCCCGCGUUGGUCGCCGCAAAUCGCCUUUAUAAUGAUGGUUUGCCGAGUGCCAAUGAUAAAUUGUUGAAUGCUGUCGAGGAUUACACAAUUAGGAUGACUGAAUAUUUGAAUAGCACUGAUAAUACCAGCAUGUCAUAUUCUCGCCGUUCCAAGAAGUCGAGGCGAGGAAGAAAGUCGAUUGGAUCGUGUUCCAAGUCUGGCAAAUCAUUUGGAGAUACGGAGGGGCAACUAUCAAUGUACUCGUUGGACACUCUGCGACACCCUUCUACCGUUAAAGCGUCCAGCUCGAAGCUCAACUCGGGUGGUACAUCAAAGAAGCGUGGAAGUCUGAGCGCACGCAGUAAAGGAUCCAUCGAAAAGACUGUCCACGUGCCGCGACGAAAACGGAGUCCUAGAUCGCGACGCCCGCUAAUGCGUGACCCUCAAGCCGGAGCACCCAAACCGAAGAGAAAAAUUGACAAAGAUCUGGAUGUUCCAACUCUCGUUGAAACAGUGGCACCAUGCGCCUCAAGUCACAUAAGUCGUGACCCCAGUCCGAACUUAAAGGAUCUCACCAAAGGUAAAGAAUCUCCAAGGUCACCGAAAAAAGUGGCCAAAAGGCUUAAGAAAGAAAAAACUCCCAGAAGAAGCUCGAAGUCACCUAAGAGAAGCAUAACAAAAUCAACCGGGAAACAAUCUGUUAUUUUAGAUAAACAAUUAGACUCUAAAGAAACACAUGAGCCACCUAAGGUGCCGAUGUUGAUACAAUUACAAGAAACUGAGACUCCAAAAAAAGAAGUAGAAACACCGAAAAAGGAAACAGAGAUGAUUAAAAAAGAUACAGCCACACUUACAAAAGUUAAUGAAUCUCAGAGGAGGGGCAUGACAACGCCUAAAAAGGAAACUCCUCGAAAAAUUUCGACGCCUCGUAGUGAUCUAACUGUAACUAAGAAACAAGUCACACCUAGAAAAGAAAUCAAUCGGCGGAAUACACCUCGAUUAGAAAAUGUGACCAAGGAAGAACCUAUACCACCCGAGAAACUUAGAACAUCUCGCACACCCAGAACUAUGAACAUGGGUGGAGGAGAGAAAGAGUUGGAAGAAGAGAUAAAAGAUACAUCAAAGAGAGAUGAGAUUAGAGACACACCGAGGAAAGAAGGAAGUAAAGGUACAGCGAGAAAAGGUGAAACUAGAGAUACACCGAGGAAAGAAGAUGCAGACAGAGACAUAAGGGCAUCAACAGUUGGCGGCUGCGAGGUAAUGACGCUGCUGCGACAGCUCUGCGGUGGGGACUCACCCGGAACGCGAAUCGAGCGUAUAUCGGGUGCAAAGAAUGGGCAGCUUAUCUGCAUGAGCAGUGGUAGUCCAAGGCAACCCAGCACACCGCAGCUUUUGAAGAUAUUGGAAGAGACAAUUAAGAAAAAGCCACCCCGAACAACAAGCGGGGUACCUGCUUCUGAAGUGGCGCUGGCGGCGCGAUCGUUAGAGCGAUGCCGUAUGGCGCUUUGCGUGGACGAGAACGCGGCCGAGCGCCUCUUCAGCUAUCGGACGGCCUUCAUGCAACACAUGCUCGCUAGCCCCCUAUACGCUAACAGUGCCGUUGGAAAACCCUGGGAAGUCAUUGGCAAGGUGUCUGAACGUAUACUGGAUGAGUUGCUCGUAAUGUGUGCGAAGGAAAUGGAGCUGCAGCCGAUCGUAAAAGAAAUAUACAGGAACGAGACAUCUUAGAUUUGUUAUAGUUAUUUUAUAUGUUUUGGUAUGAGUUUUAAUAAAUUGUAUUUUAUACA